AUGCAAGUCAGAAACACCAUUGCCGCAUCUACUCUUCUAGCCAGCACCGCGAUGUCUGCGUACAUCGCCGGCGAGUCGUGGGACGGGUUGAUGCCCGAGAACGUCUACGAGGGCGGCAUCACGGACUACCCCUCCACCUUCGGCAUCGCCGUGGUGCCACUAACGCCCCGUGUGUUCGACGGCUCCAAGAAGCGGGACCUAUCGGCGGUUGAGCAGAUCAUCGACGGCCAGGUGCAGUCGAAGUCCGACAGCGUGCCUGCCUCCGGUGCGGUGGCCCAGAUCGGCGACGGGCAGGUCCAGGCCAUCACGCUAAAACAGCCACAGAACGGGCCAGAGAGCCAGCCAGAUGAGAGCAGCGACAAGCGGUGCCCAACGCCCGCCGAGUUGGAGAACAUUCUAGCGUCUGCAUCCGCCGAGCGCGACCCCAGCGACCCCGUCAACGCGUACUCCUACCGCUACGAGGGCACGCUAGAGAUGUCGCUAAACGACUCCGUCCUACGCGACGGCCACGGCCGCAUUGGCUCCAUCGUCUCGAGCAGACAGUUCCAGUUCGACGGCCCACCACCCCAGUCGGGCGCCAUCUACGCCAAGGGCUGGUCCCUAACGCCCGAGGGCAACCUAGCGCUAGGAGACACCGACAUCUUCUACCGCUGCCUAUCCGGCAACUUCUACAACCUUUACGACCAGUCCAUUGGCGGCCAGUGCUCGCCGGUGCACCUACAGGCCAUCAACUUGAUCAGCUGUUAG